UGCUAACUCAUUCCUCACUCCUCCUACUUUGGCACUAUCUACCCUACUCAACUAAUGUCUACCUGACAAGUCAUCCUCAUCCACUCCCUCUGCCACACAGGUCCAAUCAACGCGGGUGUGUGCUGGUAUGAGAAUGUUGUUUUAGGAUCCAAUAAUCCGCCGCUGUCUCGGGCCGCCUCCGCCUUUCCCUCCAAACCGCCCCCUAUGCUCGGGGUACAUCUAAUGGUCCAGCUGUGCUCGACGUCCCGCUUGCUGAAUUAAUUGAUUUGAUUCAUACCUUCUGUCUGGAACAGUUAUCUCUGGCUGGUGACAGCCAUAUAUCGGAUAUAUACGUGGUCCUGUGUGUGCAGUCACAGUAGCUUCUCAACAUGGACCUCUCUAAUCCGCGAUGCGAGCAUCUGGCCUCGCCUGAUAUCAAAAACUUCAUCCUCUCCAUCCUCAUCGUCUUUGGAAUCCUCCUCUCCUACACCCCCCAACAUGUCCGCAUCCUAACAAUGAAGACCUCCUUCGGUAUCUCACCGUACUUCGUCCUCCUAGGAACCACAUCUGGUUCCUCGGCACUAGCCAACGUCAUCUCGCAACAACAAAGCCUCCACGACAUGGCCUGCUGCAAGGAAGUGAACGGAAUGGGCUGUUUCGCAGGAAUUCUCGGAAUCCUCCAAGUCGGAACCCAAUGCCUUUGCUUCUUCAUCAUUCUGUUCCUCUUCGUCCUCUUCUUCCCCCGAAAUACCACCCACCUCCCCAAAUCCAGCCCAACCUACCGCACCGCCUUAACCGUCGCCGUCAUCUGCAUCCUCCACGCCGCCGUCAUGCUCAUCACCACUCUCGCCGUCGGCUACACCCGCCCUUCUUCCCUCCAAGCAUGGUCCAACUUCUGCGGCAUCCUCUCCGCCCUCCUCGCCUCCAUCCAAUACUUCCCCCAGAUCUACACCACCCUGCGACUCCGCUGCGUCGGAUCGCUUAGUAUCCCCAUGAUGUGCAUCCAAACGCCCGGCAGUCUUGUCUGGGCGGGCAGUCUCGCAGCGCGAUUAGGUCCGAAGGGGUGGAGUACCUGGGGUGUGUUGAUCGUGACUGCUUGUCUGCAGGGGACGUUGCUGUGCUUGGGUGUGUUCUUUGAGUUCCUAGGACCGAAUCGGGGACACGGUCAUGAAGGACAUGAUAAGGAUACUGUGGUUGCGAGGGGAGAGGAUGGGGAAGAGGAGGUGGCGCAUGAAGAUGAUCAGGACUUGCCGUCCGAGGAGACGCCUUUGUUGAGGGAUCAGUGAUGAACAUCUUCAUUUGUUUGGCUUUUGGAGAGUCUGAUAUGUGGUUGGUUGGUUGAUUGGUCGGUUGGUUUGAAGAUGCAAAAGCGCGAAACUGUACUUCUUCUUCUUCUGAGAUCGUCCUGUUCUGUUCACAUGCCAUGUAUAUCCUACUUACAUACCUUGCUUGGAUAGACUAUACUUCUUGGCUGCAAUGUAUCAAUCGCUGCUGGCGCAGCUGUGUAUGAUUGACUGUUCUCGGUUCCAGGCACAAACAUGAUAGAGAGAAAGGGGCGGAUAGUAUAGUAUAUAUAUUAGUAAACAAGGAAGAGAAUAAUAUAAACUCUCACAAUGAAAGGACAGGGGAAUAUAUUGAAUCACAGCAACCAAAAGCAUGUGUCGAUCCUCUUGGAACUAAUUCAUUAACUUCAUCUCAUGGAAAGCUGUCUACUGAAUGGGCCCCCCCU